AUGUCCUUAGCCCGCCGUAAUAUCUUCCAUGUCGCCUUGCUUGGCGCAGUUAUUCGUUUAUCUGCUGGUCAUAGUUGGAUGUAUUAUCUUGAGGGUGACAUCGAGGACGGUUAUCCCAGGAUGGGUAUUUCUGGUCCUGAUGACGACUACUUCACGCGUUAUAUCUGCCCUUUGAAGACUCUCAAGGAGUGCUUCCUCGAGCCCAAGCAUGAGAUAGUGCUCGAUCAGAGCAGCCUCCGUCCCUGCAGGGCUAGCGGCUCCCCAGGCGCACCCAACGUUGAGGAAAUCGCUGCUGUGACUGCGGGUAAGGCGUUGAGAAUUUAUUGGAAGAACAAUGGACAUACUCAUGGGGAAUCUGACGGUACAUGCGUUCAGAUUCGUAUCGCCCCUUACUCUGCCGAUCCAGAUUGGAACGAUUUUAAGAUUCUCGACUUGUGUUUACCCUAUCACAACCAUCAGAAGACUUCUGCUAUAGUGGUCAUCCCAGAGACAUAUUCCGGCAAGUACGUCAUACAUUGGAUGUGGAAGUUUGGUCCCUUCUACUUCGCUACAUGUGCUGACAUUGCUGUCACUAACGCCCACGCUGCGGGUUCGGUGAUGAUGGAGACAACUAGAAAACCUGUGACACAACCAGCAGUGCCUGUGGUCACUAGGAAGCCUACCAAAAGUGCCCCAGGUGUCAUGGAACUAUACAAACAGUAUGGUUGUGCUGCUCUGGCGAACCCCGGCGAGUUCUGCUACGAAUAUUACGGUACAUAUUGCAAGGUCUCUGCUGGUGCUGAUUACUGUGGCCGUCAUAUUUGUCAUAAGUCCACUCAUAGCGAGCUAGAUCCUUGCAUGCGAUUGCGCCGAUGA